GAUAGAGACGAGGCGGCUAACCCCUCUUUGGGGGCGAGAGAGGCGACGAACGAGGGAGGGGGCGGCGUAGUAUUCACGCGGCACGGUUGCUGUUGGUGCUGUGCUGUUGUUGCUCCUUCUGCUCGUGCCCCGGUACCGUUCUUCGUGUAUUGUUGUCCAAUCGAGCGUACCGACGAACCGGUUUCGAAGCACGCGCGCCGCUCUCCACGCAUGGUACGCCGUAACUUUUUCCUUUUUCCGAUCGCGCUACGCACUACGCCGCCUCGUGACACGUGCCGUUGUUGUUGUUGUUGUUCGACCGAUGUGCGUAUUUCGACUACGGCCGGCUUGGUGAGAAGGUAGAAGAAGAUGUAGAUUAUGGUGGAUGUGAUUUAAGGAACCAGUGUCUUCUGAUCGCUAUAGGAUUCUGUAGGUUGAAUUUGUUGGUUGAAUGGGGUGAAACCAGGAGAUCGAAAUUUUUCUUAGAUGCUUCUGAUGUUUGCAUUAAUCAACGCGCGAGUCUUCGUUACCGCAAGAUAAAAUUUCCUGUAAAUAGUGUUUCUUGAAGAGUGGGCCGCUGGAAACGAAACUUAACAAGCUCCAAAGAUCCAACAAAUCAAGUAAUCUCAAGAUCCAAAGAAAUCAACUUGGAAGAUCCUCGAUUCACGCCAUUAAAAAUUAACUUAAAAGCUUUCAUCCGCAAGGAUCAUCGAACUUUCUAAAAACUACCAAAAUCUCCCAAAAUCUCCCAUAAUCUUCCACAAACUCUUCAACGUCAUUAUCGAAGCAAAAUUUCCGAAAGAAGUACGGAAGUACUCGAAGAAAGAAUAACACGAGUACAUAUACAAAGAAUUCUUCAAGAUUGCCAAAUGCUAUCCUGAGCUCGCCGUUAAAGUAAAAUCUUCGAGAGAAGAGGGUGUAUCAAAGUAAUCGGAGAAAGAAUCGUCGAGCGUCGGGCAGCGCCAUGUCAGGUCGCGAAGCCUGACCCAGGAAGAGGUGUACCGGGUGAGGAUCCUCGUAAGAGCCGAGAAGUUCCAGCAGUGAACCGAAUGGAAGGAUGUAUCAUCCGGCGUUCUGACUGCCUAUGGAUAUAUUCGGCCGUUGCAACGGCGGCGGUGGCGGAAGCACGGUAUCCGGAAGCGGCGCUGGCUCGGUGAGGGGGUCCAGCAACGAGUCCAGCUGUGGAACAGCGAGUGCUCCCAGCGAGAGCGGCGGAACCAGCGACAGGAUGCAGUUGACAGGAGCCUCGGCUCCUGGCGCUGCCGCCUCGCCGGAGUCGGGUGUUUCUCCUUUGACCGAUGCUUACACCAAGAUGACCAGCGACAUCCUGGCCGAGAGAACCCUCGGUGACUUCGUCAGCGAGCACCCUGGAGAACUCGUUCGGACAGGGUCCCCUCACUUGGUCUGCAGCGUAUUGCCAGCUCACUGGAGGUCCAACAAGACCCUUCCAGUAGCCUUCAAGGUGGUGGCUCUAGGCGAGGUCGGCGAUGGCACUUUGGUCACUGUUCGUGCUGGUAACGACGAGAACUGCUGUGCUGAGCUGAGAAACUCGACCGCUCUGAUGAAGAACCAGGUGGCCAAGUUCAAUGAUCUUAGGUUCGUCGGGAGAAGCGGCAGAGGGAAGAGCUUCACGUUGACCAUCACCGUGUCCACGACGCCACCGCAAGUUGCCACGUACACGAAGGCCAUUAAAGUAACUGUGGAUGGGCCGCGAGAACCGCGAUCCAAGACCAUGUUGUCUCUUUUAGGGCAGCAGCAGCAGUUCCACGCGUUCGCGUUCGCCUCGCAAAGAGGCGGCCCGUUUUUCGCCUCGCCACUGGUGGAUCCUCUGCAACCCUUGCCGAAUCCCCUGCAGCCGCUGCCGAAUCCAUUGCAGCCACGGGAUCCGUUGUCCUCCUUCAGGCACGCGAUGCCAGCCAACUGUCAAAACAUGUCCCAGUUCGGUCUGACUGCAAGCAAUUCAUGGGGAUACGGAAGCACGGCUGGCUACGCUGGUUAUCUUCCCGGCCCUUUGUCGUCGUGCGCGGCACAAGCGUCGUUCCCACCCCCGCCACCGCCACCUCCACCACCACCGCCAACGGCGCCCGAUUCGACAGCGGGAUCCACUGUUACUUCCGGUACCGGUGCAGGAUCCACGGCACAGCAGGAUGCGUUCUCAGCGGUAUCAUCCCUGGUGCCAGAUUCGACGACGACGGGUCAAUCGGAUCCCUUGGACCCUCUGAGCAGCCUAAUGUCGGGGACACCGAGUCAGAGGUACCAGGACUACGUGUCUCCCAGGUCCUUAUCGACGGACUCGAGUACCACGGAGAGUCCUGUGCACGAGGAGCAAGGCUUCGGUCAAAAUUACGGCAACUACUUCCCAACGCCCGGCGUCCUGCCCAGCAUCCUCUAUUCCCAAUUAUACGGGAAUCAGUUUCAGAAUUCGGAGAGCCCCGAGCAGAGAGCAGUGGCGGACAGUUGCAGCGUCAGACAGGAAGAAGUCAGACCGGACAACAACGUCUGGAGGCCUUACUGAGUGCCAGACGAAUCGUUCCCGUGAUAAUUCUGAUUUUAGAACUUUUCUCUCGUCGACUGUCGUGGACGAUAACGUUGAGAUGAGCAAACUGUGAUCGGUGAAGAUGGACGAGGUGUUGGUCUCGAACAAGCGAACGAAACUAGCUAUUAGUGGGCAUUAAAAAAAAAAAAAGGAAA